GCUAGCGUGCGGAAAAGUGCGGCUCUGCGCUCGCCACGACGCGGACAGCGGAGGCGAGCGAGGACGCGCGAGCCCAGCUCCCCCACCCAUGCCGCCGCCCCACCGCGCCGGCGCGGGCGACGCGAGCGCGUUCUUCGCGGCGACGCUGGUGCUGUGGGCCGUGUCGGUGGGGUUCGAGAUCGGGGCGCGGGGCCGCCGCGAGCUGGCGGCCGUGGCGGCCGGCUUCGCCUUCUUCCAGGCCGCCAACACCGCCGUGCGCGCCGCCGUCUCCCGCGACCCGCUCUUCGUCAACACCGCCGUCUCGCUGCUCCACUCCUCCCUCACAUCCGCCUCAGUUAUCUUUGUUCUUUUGUGUCGAUGGCGUACUAAGGGCCUUGAGAACAUGUUUGAGCAUGAAGAAUUAGUUGGCCGCAGUUGGCUUGGAGCAUAUUCUGCUCUGUGCUUUUCAUGUGGCUACUUUGCUUAUGACCAAUUGGAUAUGCUCCGGUACCGUCUGUACAGUGGAUGGAUCCCUGGAAUUCUCAUGCAUCACCUUAUUCUGCUCAUUUGCUUUACACUAGCUCUAUAUCGGAAUGUGACAAUCAACUACCUAAUUCUCACACUUUUAUGCGAGAUGCACUCCAUAUUUUUGCACGUAAGGAAAUUGAGGAGAAUGGCUGGAUUUCGUGAUUUCAGCAGAAAACUGGUGAAACUGGAAUGGAUACUCAACUGGACCACCUUUCUGACAGCAAGGGUGAUCAGCCACAUAUUGAUUACAUACAAACUGAUCACCGAUGCACACAAGUUUGAUAAGGGCAUUGAGCUUCCAUUAGCUCUUUUUGGUAUGGCAGGAAUGAAUGUGCUCAACGUAUCUUUAGGGCUUGAUCUAAUUAAAGCAUUCUCACGAGAGAGAAAUCAGCAGAGGCAUCAGGACUGAAUGUGCCUUUCUUGAUAGUGGUGUACUGUAAAUUUUGGCAAGGUUAUAGUCACACAGAUGUAAAUCAGAAGACAGAGGUAUGUUUGAGUGCUGUUAGCCUCUAGGCUUUGUCGUAACAAGCCAUGUAUGUUUAUGUAUGUUGAAUUUGUAUCAAGAUGUCUUGAAAGUUGCCGCCAUUAGUGGACAUUACAUCAUGACUUACACCCAUACAAAACUGAGGUGCAGCAUUUGCACAGACUAGAGUAGGAAAGGAAGAAAAUGUAUGUAUUGUGUUCGUUUAAAACUUCACCUAGUGUACUACAGAGAUGCUUUGGCAGCUUGCUAGCAAGCUUAAAUUUAAUGUCUUUUUGCCAAAGUUAUUUAUUUUCA